GGAUCCCAUGAUGGGCUGCCAGAGGGAGCUGGAUGCGCCCGUGCUGGUGGACGACAAAAGCUAUGGGGCAGCGGUGCUCUGCGCGGCAAGUGGUUGUGACCACAGUACGUGCCACGCAGGGCCCAUCCAGGUCGUCUUCAUCGCUCUGAACAAGACUGAUGCUCAUGAUUGUGUUGCACAGGCGUGGGUGACCUUGCCGGUGACAGGUGACCACAGCAACCCCAUUUUGUUGAGCAUAUACCGUUCUCAUUUUGAUAACUGGAGCAAUCCAUGCUCCGGCCUUCAACUUGACUCCGAUGUGUACAUCCACGAAGCGCCUCCUGUCUUCGUCCAAAGACACACUUCACUUCAAGCUUUGUGACCGCGUCGAUGAUCGCCUAGUAGGAAUUCUCAAGUACGACCUGAGCACUAAUUGCUUAUCACUAAUUGAUAUGCCGCUUGCUGAUGAUGUUAUCCUCAUGGCGAUGGAGGAUGACAGUUUGGGGUUUGCACAUAUGGGUGGGUUAAUCCUCAAUCUGUGGUCAAGGCACAUGGGUUCUGACGGAGUUGCAUCAUGGACUCAGCGUACAGUCAUCAAUAUCAACAACAUCCUUCACAUUCGAAAUCCAAAGAAAAGACUUAGGCUGAUUGGAUCUGUGGAAGGCACCGAUAUCAUUUUCGUGACCACGGAUCUUGGAAUCUACAAGAUUAAUCUGAAGUCACUACAGUGGAAGAAAGUAUGGGAGAGAGAAAAGUUUCAAGUUUUCAUCCCAUACACGAGUUUCUACAAUUCACAAGAAAGGGUGACCCCCAGUGACGCGGUGCAUUAAGAAUGUGUGGUUGAAUAUGUACGAGGCUACACUCAUCAACAAGAUAGGUGACAAACUUGGAGGCAACAGGGGUCUCGCGAAGUCCUGAUGAAUUAUGUCAUCAUUCAGUAGCCCUUUUGGUGCAGCGGUGCUUGCUUGUUUUCCCAUGUUGUUGGUAGCUUUUGUCAGUUAGCUUGAUAAUCUCCCGUGUUAGAGGCCGAGUGAAUUGAUUCUUUGUAAUGAACCUCUAAUUUGAUGUACCCUGUUGUAGAAUUUACUUGAAAAAGCAUUUGCAGACAGUAACUUGGUAUUACCAUUUUAAAAACUCUAC